GCCUUGUACCAUGUGACCUCUGUGAUCAUUCACAGAUUUCACACGUAGUAAGCAAUGAUGUCACAAGUGACAUCUUGCUUACUACCUUGCAGAGGUCCCGUCCGACGAUCGGUGUUUCGCUGUGUCCGGAGGACACAGCUGGCACCGGAUUGCGGUGCUGCGCGCUCCCAGGGAGCGCGCACAGCUAGAAAACGCGGGUGCCGUUUAUGAACGGCAACCCGCCCCUGCACUGCCACCGCACUGCCGUUUAUAAACAGCAGGCGGACGGCAAGUGGUUAAU